AUGAACAGGCUGGCUUGCAGCGACUCCGCCGUGCAUCCCGGCAUCAUGGCUGGAAUUUACGGAAGUAAGGACAAGGGCGCAUACAGCGUGGUGCUGUCCGGCGGCUAUGACGACGACGAGGAUGAAGGAGAAAGUUUUGUAUACACUGGCUGCGGGGGUAGCGACAACAAGGUGAGGUUCACACGGGUCCUCGCAGGAAACCAACGCUCAACCCGCAUGGGCCCGCAACUAUUCGACCAAACAUUCGGCAACAGCAGAAACAAGUCUCUGUUGAUAUCGUCGAAGACGGGGAAGCCCGUUCGUGUUGUAAGGGGUUAUAACCUUGAUUCUGACUGGGCUCCAGCAAGUGGGUACCGUUACGACGGGCUCUAUCGCGUCGUGGAUGCAUGGAGACAGAAAGGCAAAUCUGGGCAUCUAGUCUGCAAAUACGAGUUUAAGGUAUGCCUUUCACACGGAUUUCCUCAAGUAUAA